CACGAAGUAGGAUUUACUGUGGUCAGAGUGACUUUAAUGAGGAGAGAGCAGCAGUGGCGGGCAGCUGGGGUCGAUGUGUCGCUGUUCUGAAGCACACCUCGACUUUAGUGGGCGAGCUGCUUCAUUUUCUUAAGGAAAGAGAAAAGAGGAAGCAGUUCCGCCCGCAGAAGCUGUCUGGAGGCCAAAGAGAAAAGAGCAAAAACGAGAAAAGGAGCCAGCAACGACACCGCCCGAUUCUGAGCUGAAAGUGAAGCGAAAAGGCGCUGUUCUAGAAGUAGAUGUUGUUGGUCGGACCGAUAGUGGAACUCCAGCACGACUUUGGUUUUUCACGUGUGGAGCUCAACUCCGUGGUUGUGCGCUGAAAACGUCGAUGAAGAAAAGAAGUUUCAGUUUGAAGCGGCACCGUGUUGGUGUCUUUUGCUAACUUGAACGUUCCCAGGCGGAUUUCAGCAGCACUUCGAGUUGGCUUUUUAUCCGCUGGUGGACAGUGUUUGUUUAGGACAAAUCCCAGUUCAAAAUGAGUGGAGAAGAGGAAAGAUUCAAAUUGGUGGUUGUGGGAGGAGGAGGGGUGGGGAAGAGCGCGCUGACCAUCCAGUUCAUCCAGUCAUACUUUGUGUCAGACUACGACCCUACCAUCGAAGACUCCUACACCAAGAUCUGCACUGUGGAUGGAAAGGAGACCCGGCUGGAUAUCUUGGAUACAGCCGGCCAAGAGGAGUUUGGUGCGAUGAGGGAGCAGUACAUGCGCUCGGGAGAAGGCUUCUUACUGGUGUUUGCACUCAACGACCGGGGCAGCUACCACGAGGUCCAGAAAUUCCACACGCAGAUCCUAAGAGUGAAAGACCGGGACGACUUCCCCAUGGUUCUGGUUGGAAACAAAGCUGAUCUGGAACAGCAAAGAGUGAUCUCCAGGGAGGAUGCUCAGGUAUUUGCUAGAGAGAACAGGAUCUAUUACAUGGAGGCUUCAGCCAAGAAUCGCUACAAUGUGGAUGAAGCCUUCUUGGAGCUGGUGCGUAUUAUCAGAAAUUUUCAGGAAAUGGAAAGUCCUCCUACUCCAACCCAUCACACAGGGAAACAGAAAAGUGGUAGCUGUCCCUGUGUUAUCCUCUAAGCAUUGCUGCACUGGACACCAAAUCAACUCUCUACAGCUUGUCCCAAAAGGUGUGUUUGAGACAGACACAGAAAGAGAGAGAGAAAAUUAUUCAACAUUCACAAUAAAUUACAACAACUAAUAGCCAAACACCAUAUAAAACAAAAAAAAAUACAUACGAUUGACUCGUGUCCAAAAGUGAUUCCCAGGCCCUUUAAGGAAAAAUGUUUAGAAAGACUUGAUAAUUGUUUUGAAAAGAGUCCAAAUCUGCCAAUUUUACAUAAUUCUUAUGUUCUACUAGCACACUUGCUAUUACUAGACUGAUAAAGAAUCACACCCCUGGCCUCUGUCCAUUUUUGAUUUGCUGCUUAGACAAAUUGCCAUCUUUGCUUGGCCAAACAAAAGAAUCAGCAGUUUAUCUUCUUAAUUUUUUCCAGAAGGAGAACAAGGCAGACAGACAGACAUCAUUAAAUGUCUAUGUAGUAAAAUCACAUGAACGAUUUAGCUCCAAUACUGUCACUUUAGUGUCCAAAAAGGAGCACAUCAGAAAUGUACAUAUAACAUUAUAACUUGCUUGUGAAAUGUGUCACUCCCAAAGGCACGCCGAACAUCCAGAUGUUGUCAUGUUCCACGACUUCCUGCAGGGGGCAGCAAAAGCCCCAGAGCAGAAUUAUUACUCCGCUGCGUUCCUUGGUGGACUUAUGUGAUGAGGCUUUGUCUGUCUUUCUGUGUGCAGCAUUACUCAAAAACGGAUUUGAAUGACAUUUUCAGGAAAGGUCAAAAAUGACACAAGGACCACCUGAUUAGAUUUUGGCAGUGAUGCAGCUUAUAGUCUGGAUACACGGAUUUGUUAAAGAUUUCUGUAUUGCGAGAUAGCGGCACUGCAGCACUAUGACAACAAGCAAACACUACGUCAGCAGUCUGCUGGCGAUCACAUGAUUGUGAUCCUACUGCAAAUUGACCGCUGUGGACUUAUCGGGACUUAUCCGUCAGAAAUGAUAUAAGGAACAAUUGAUUAAAUUGUGGGAGUGUUUCCAAGUCCCAUCAAUUCCAGCCGCCUGCUACAUAUUUAGGUCAUGCGAUUCAGUAUCCGUACAUAACGUACACAUGCAUGACACAUGCCUGUGCUCAGUGCAAGGUCAUUUUUUAUUAAAGAUUUCAUCCGUCGGAAAUCAUACAAAGACUGAGGCCUUGUCCACACGUAGCAGGGUUUUUGUAAAACCGAAUAUCCUGCCCCCUCCAUCUAGAAAAAAAACUUACGUACACACCACCUUGUUUUUAGAAAAAAACUUCAUCCACACCUAACUGCAUAAGUGCAUUUUUAAGCACAUUCAUAAGCAUGCCGGACCUUUAGGUGGCAGUAGUUCCCCAAAUCCUAUCCAAUCAGAGUAAGGUGGUGGAGAAUAACCGUCCUUAACGUCGUCCUUCGCCUGUGUUGUUGAAUGUGGAGCAGUAUCUGGGCUUGUAAAAACAAGCAAGUAAAAAGCGCCUGUACAAGAAACAGCGCCCAAAACCUUGUGAGAGCAUCCAUACUGUUACCGAAUGUAAACACAGGUCGCAUAUGUGACGUAAGAACAUAUUUUGUCGCAGGCGGUGACGUUUCGAAACGCAAAACCCCGGUUACUGAUGUCCACAUGCAGACGCAUAAAACGGAGAAUUCGCAAAUCUUCACGCUGGUCGGAGUUUUUUAAAAAGAAUUGUUUUUGAUGACGUAAAUCUGCGUUUUCGUGUGGAUGAUAGGCCGAAUCGUAGAAAAAUAUCUUCGUUUUGUGAGAUACCCGGCUACGUGUGGACAAGGCCUCAGAAGCUUUGGUGGAGUACUGCACUCUGAGUGCUUUUCUUGUUCCAGCUGCUGCAUCUCUUGCCUCCUCACCAUCUUUCCAUUUAUGUUGCCAUAAAGAGGCAGAAUAUUGAAACUUCCAUAAAUAACAGAUAUGAUUUCAAUAUUAGAUUGUGCACUAUCCAGAGAGACAACAGAGACCCAUUCAUGUCUUACACUAGGUGGAUGAGAAAGAGGUUUAUGUAUUGUAUUGUACUGUCAACAGUGUUUAUAUACACCACAAGAAUUGUCAAUAAUAAUUUUGUUAUACAUUGUGUGUGCAUAAUGACAAUAAAAGCAUUCUAUUCUAUUAAUACAAAAAUGGUUUAAUGUAGGUUACAUGAACUACAACCUGGCAAUAUAUUAUAACAGCAGCACCUGUUUCUAGGUUUACACAUUUCAUUAUUUGACCUGUGGGAUGAAGAUGUUGGAAAUACUGUGGAAAUGCAUUCUAUAUGAAUUUUAUAUUGAUGUUAGAUGGUCUGCAUUCUGAUACUAACAUUCUUUUUCCAUUUGUCCCAGUUGUCACUGUGAAAACAUUAUGUGUAUGUAAAUAAUGAUGUUUUUCGCAGAAAUCGGUGACAGACAACUCACCUUAAUAAAAGUCUAAUCACUUUAUUACAUAUUAAAACAUUUAUCUGAACUUUGUUUUGUUGUUUUUUUAAUGUCUUGUAUGACUCAUAAAAUUUCGAGAAUUUGGA